AUGCGACUACGUAAUAGAGUAUUACCCCAGGCGGGUACCGGAGCUAACCGCGAUGGAGAAUCCCGCCCCACGGCUUCCAGCCUGGGCUGCCCUUCGUAUUCUGGGGGGGGCACCGUAUCGCAGCCAACUGCUCAGUCCCAGACUGCUGCAGUACCACAUGACGAUGAGUCAUCAUGUUCUUCACUUUUCUCAUCAAUCCCAUCAUCAUCACAAUCAUUUUGUAUCUCACCAUCACCAUCAUUAUCAUCAGCCAGUAUACAGUCGGUGGAUGUUGUACAGGAGACAAAUUUUGUCAAUGAGCCUGUACCCAACACUAGCACUGCACCAAUUCGUAGAAAAUGGACUAAAGAAAUGAACGAAUUCAUUCUACGAACUUAUCUUCAUCUCACUAUCUUGGAAACCGAUACCAAAACAUAUCUUCAACCAUUACACACACAGUUUUCAUCAAAAUUCCCACACAUGCAAGUAAGCCGACAAAGGGUGGGGGAUCAACGCAGAGCUAUAGUUAAUAAGAAACUAUUACCACAAGAUGCAAUAGACCGUAUUUAUGAAGAAGUACGAGGUCAAUUACAUGUUUCCCCCACUCAAACUCAACAACACUCUACACAAAACAAUACACUACACACCAACACUGGACAACGAAUGAAAUGGGGUAACGAGUUAAACGAAUCUAUAAUGAGAAUUUACUAUACAAUAACAGAACUUGAAACAAACAAAACAUCCUAUAGAAAAUAUUUACACGAACAGUUUAUAAGCCAAUAUCCACAGUUAUCACAUAUUACAGAACAAAGAUUAUCAGAUCAACAAAGAGCCAUUGUGAACAACAAAUAUAUAAACAGUAGCCGAUUAGCAGAAAUUAAAAGACAGGUAUCCGAACAGUUGAGGAUUAGCAUUAACCGAUUCGAAGACCAAUCAAACACGCAAACACUACCUAACACAGAAAACUACAACGAUGACUAUCAAACACUUAACACCGAGCUUGCAAAUACACAAAACACAAACUUACAAAUUCACAGCGAACCGCAUAUUACGUUUGACAUAGGCCAAGACGAUUUAAUUAACAAUAUUGAUAUUGAAGCUUUCAUCCCAUCCCAAAAUAAUACUAACACUGCCUCAGAAUUUAACCCCAUAAUAGAAGACACGUUCACACAAGCAAAACUAUAUUUCCUAGACACACACCCUACCAACAGACCUUACAUCCCGAAACAGAAAACAUCCAAAAAAUUCUCAGUUAUAGUGAACUACAUAGAUACUAAAAUUCUACCUAACAACGUAAACGCUGACACUAAUUUCAACACUCUACAGUCCAUCAUAUACUGCGCAGCAUGGACGGCAGCAAAAUGCAAUGGAGCCAAAAUUUCAGAACAGAUACAAAAUCAAAAUCGAAGGAACAUACAGAAAAAACCAAAGUGGCGGAUAAGACUCGAAAAGAAAAUAGACAAACUAAGAGCAAACAUCGGUAGGCUAACACAAUACAGUAGAGGCAAUAGAAGUCGCAAAGUAAUAACAGCAGUAGAAACAGUAAAAUCGACAUACCAACUACACGCACAACACGAAGAUUCAAAUACACAAAUAGAACACUUUUUGGACACACUGAAACAAAAACUUAAUGCUGCAGCUAGUAGACUCAGGCGAUACAUGACAUGUACAGAACGUAAAACACAAAACGCACAAUUCACCAAUAACGAGAAAAUCUUCUACAGAAAUAUUACAUCUAACGGCAACACAAAUCAACACACACUUGAAACACCUACCCCCGAAAACCUUAGAGAUUUCUGGGCAAAUAUAUGGGAAAACCCAGUAGAGCAUAACAACAACGCUGAAUGGUUAAAUCAAGUUUCAUCUGAAAUCAGUGAAAUGAACUAUGAGUUUAUACCAAUAGACACAUUCAUAGAUGUCCUCAAACGUACACACAGCUGGAAAUCACCAGGCACAGACAAUUUACACAACUAUUGGUAUAAAAAAUUCACUAGGAUACAUCCACUCAUACACAAUCACCUGAACACAUUCAUUCAAUCACCUCACUUACUUCCAACAUACAUCACACAGGGAGUCACGUAUAUGAUCCCGAAGGAUAUAAACGACACCGUCAAUCCAGCCAAAUACAGACCAAUCACCUGUCUACAAACCCUAUACAAAAUACUCACCGCCUGUAUAAGUGAAGUAAUGUACACACACCUAACAACACACAACAUACUAGCUGAACAACAGAAGGGAUGUCGUAAGAAUAGCCAAGGUUGCAAAGAGCAACUGAUCAUUGACGCUAUCACCACAAAUAGCGCGGUCAAAAGCAAAAAGGAGAUACCUGCUAUGUUCAUCGACUAUCAAAAGGCCUUUGAUUCCGUCCCUCACAGCUGGUUAUUACACGUACUAAAUAUUUACAAAAUUCAUCCAACUCUAAAACAAUUUUUGCAGAUCUCCAUGCAAAAUUGGCAAACUACACUCAAAAUUAAUCAAGGGUCUUCAUCGGUAUCUACUGAACCAAUUUCUAUUAAACGCGGUAUCUUCCAGGGAGAUGCUCUAAGCCCACUGUGGUUUUGUAUGGCACUAAACCCACUAUCACACUUACUUGACAAAGCUAACAUAGGAUAUACACUAACAGAUGACAACACACAAUACACCCUUUCACAUCUAAUGUAUAUGGACGACAUAAAGUUGUAUGCAGAUGAUAGAAACCACUUAUACGAGUUAGCCGACAUAACGCAAAAAUUCUCGAAUGACAUACGUAUGCAAUUUGGGGUAGACAAAUGCAAAGUUUUGUCAAUUGUUAAAGGCAAGAUCCAAAACAAUACAUACACUCUCGAAACUGGAGAAUCAGUUCAACCGGUAGACCAAAAUAGCACAUAUAAAUACCUAGGCUUCAAGCAGUCCAGACAAAUACAACAGAAGUUGACGAAACAAGAACUGCAGAAAAAAUUCUCACACCGCCUAAACCUCAUUUUGAAAACAAAUCUCAAUUCCAGAAACACAACAAAAGCUAUAAACACAUUUGCGAUACCCAUUCUCACAUACUCUUUUGGCAUUGUACAGUGGACUAAUACUGACAUUAUAAAAUUACAACGCACUAUCAACACACAACUCACUAAACACAGAAAACACCACCCAAAAUCAUGUGUACAACGCCUCGUACUACCAAGACAAGAAGGGGGAAGAGGGCUGAUAGAUAUAAACAAUCUUCACAACAAACAAAUAUCUACACUUAGAAAUUAUUUCCACAACAAAACUGAACAUUCACCACUUCACAGACUUGUAACCAACACAGACAAACAACUUACACCGCUCAACCUACACGACAGAAACACACAAACAAAUGAAAACUUAACAAGCACACAACACAAGAUAGCAGCAUGGUCCAAUAAAGCCCUACACGGAAGACACCGAGCUUUCCUGAGCCAGCCACACGUCGAUAAGACAAAGUCGAACGAAUGGCUCAGGAGAGGCGAACUAUUCCCGGAGACCGAAGGAUUUAUGCUCGCUAUACAGGACCAAAUCAUAGCAACACGCAAUUACAGAAAGUUCAUUAUUAAAGACCCAAAUCAAAUAACAGACCUGUAG